UAUAAACCUAAACUUUCCCUCUCUCCGGCCUCCUCACUGUCAAAUUCUCUCUCAUCCUUCACUUUCUCUCUUUCCGCAUCUCCCCGAGAAAACCUAACAAUCCGCCAUGGGAGAACAGCUUCAACUCCGCGGCACCAUGCGCGCGCAUACCGACAUGGUUACCGCCAUCGCUACCCCCAUUGAUAACAGUGACAUGAUUGUCACCGCAUCCAGGGACAAAUCUAUCAUCGUCUGGAAAAUCACCAAGGAGGACAAGACCUAUGGUGUCCCCAGUCGCCGUCUCACCGGCCACUCCCACUUUGUUGAGGAUGUUGUUCUAUCCUCCGAUGGUCAGUUCGCUCUUUCUGGUAGUUGGGAUGGUGAGCUCCGCCUUUGGGACCUUGCUGCUGGUACCACUGCCCGUCGUUUUGUUGGUCACACCAAGGAUGUGCUCUCCGUCGCUUUUUCCAUUGAUAACCGUCAGAUCGUUUCCGCUUCGAGGGACCGAACAAUCAAGCUUUGGAACACUCUUGGUGAGUGCAAAUACACCAUCCAAGACGGUGAUGGUCACGGUGACUGGGUUAGCUGUGUUAGGUUUAGCCCCAACACUUUGCAGCCUACCAUUGUGUCCUCCUCAUGGGACAAGACAGUGAAGAUCUGGAACUUGACCAACUGCAAGUUGAGGGCAACCUUGGCUGGUCACAGUGGUUACGUGAACACUGUUGCUGUGUCACCUGAUGGUUCACUGUGUGCCAGUGGUGGGAAAGACAGCACUAUCUUAUUGUGGGAUUUGGCUGAGGGCAAGAGGCUUUACUCUCUUGAUGGUAGUGCUAUUAUCCAUGCCCUUUGCUUUAGUCCUAACAGGUACUGGCUUUGCGCUGCCACUGAGGCUGGCAUUAAGAUUUGGGAUUUGGAGAGCAAGAGCAUCGUUGAGGAUUUGAAGGUUGAUCUUAAGACCGAGGCUGAUCACGAUGUUGAGGGAGCUGGCACUGGUGCCACAAAGAAGAAGGUUAUCUAUUGCACCAGCUUGAGUUGGAGUGCUGAUGGCCAAACAUUGUUCAGUGGAUACACUGACGGUGUUAUUAGAGUUUAUGGCAUUGCCCGUUACUAGAAAGUAAAAUUUCUAGUUGCGACUGGCACGAACAGUUUUCCUACUUAGUUUUAUCACAUUCUCUUAGAGGAGGUUAAAUUGUGGGUUUGUUUUCAGAAUUUUGAUACAUGUUUAUGGUAUUUUGGCCUUUUUUUGAUCGUGUUGAUGUAGUAAGAGAUUGAUAUUGAAACUUGAAUCUGUUAUUUACUUCUA